AUGGCUCAAGUUGCCACAAACAGGUUCGAUGCAAUUGAAAUCGGAAAUCUACUGACAGUCAAAGUCCUCCUUCUCUUCCAAUGCCCAGAGGUCGUUGCUGGAAAGCAGAAGAUAGAUCAGAACCGGGAAAACGCAACUUCGCUGGGACUAGCUGCUCUAGAAGGGUCUAAGUUGGACUUUAUGGCUAAUGACUUACUUGGUGGCUGGUCAACGAAGGUAAGAAAGCCGACAAUCCCGACUAAGCAAAGGCAGGAAAGCCUAAACCAAAACUCCAUUUCAGGGCUGACCAUAGGCAAUUACUAUUGUGACCAAAGGAGAAGACAUUGUCGUAAAGUCGACAUGGAACUGGAAAGACUGGUUAAGUUGAGCAAACCUCAAAGGAAGCUUCGAAGGAAUUGGAAGAGACAACAACUCAAUUACAUCGACCCUAACUCCGCGAGGGUCUUAGAAGUUGAGGCAGAAGAGACUGAAGAUCAAAGCCAUCCGUGUCUUCUUUCUUUAGGUCAACGGGCUUUACCUCCAAGUCGGCCUAUGACAUCGCUGAAAAGAUCAUGGGCAACCCCCGUCCUGUGGCCCAGUGUAAUUCAAGUUCUUGAUCACAUUGUAUGGCCCAUCAUGGAUUUCAAUGGACCAUUCUCUCACGCAUCAAGGGCUGAUUUUCAUUUCUUGCUUGACGAGCGAAGUGCACCAUUAGUUAUGAGUCACUUCCGUCGGUCUAUCAUUCGAAGUCUUCGCUGUCGGUUAUGGGGUUGCAGCUCUACCCGCGGGGAAGCCCCAGUAGCCUAUCCUCUUUGUAGCUUGAGGAUCGAACCAUCUUGUUCAUCCACCAAGUCAACUCCAGACACCUUCAGAUAUCAUCACAGUAGCACGCAGAAAGAAAAACAGAGAAAGCGGAUUCAGAGCGAUCAGGUGAAGCCCCCCUUCUCGUUGAAUGACCGGCCCAUUCUUAGACUUGGUGAACUCCUGUCGCAUAAACUGGGCAAGACCCGGAGCAGAGCCAUGCUCUUAUGCGAUCACGGGAAAGCCAAUCCUCGAUGUAGCUUCUCCGGGCGAGUUAUUACUGACCGAGUGCCCAUCAAUGGAAUCAGGGAUGGCAUACAGCGAGUGUACUUCUUUCCUGCCGAGAAUUUUUUAUGUGUGACGGUCGAUUAG